CUUAAGAAAAUCACGGAAAAUCGAAAUGACCAUUGCGUUUGAUACAAUGUGGGGCGUUAUGCUGGCUUUGAAAGAAAGCAGUAAGGAACUGCCAAACUCUAUGCCUCUGGAGCAGAAUGUGAAAAGGUUCCUUGGAAAUGCCCGAAUAACGAAAACCAUAGAACUCAAAUUACGUAAUGUCAGCUUUGAAGGACUCACGGGACCUGUUUCAUUUACUAAGAAUGAGGAAAGAAGUGGAAUCGUAAUAAUAAGGCAAUAUCAAGCCGAUAGAACGGCGCUGGUUCCCAUUGGUGAGUACCAUAUUAUACAAGAUAAAUUCGUGGUAUAUGAUGAAUUCAAGGACACUUUGUGGAAAGAUAAUCAUCAACCUAUGGAUCACUCACAGAGGGAACUAGAGUUCAUGAAGAUUCAAGUGCCAUUGAUAGCAGCUAUGUGGGGGUUUGCAGCUAUUGGAAUAGCCUGUUCAUCAGGUUUUUUGUGUUUCAACAUAGGAAACCGUAAAAAGAGUGUUAUUAAGAUGUCCUCACCAAACCUCAAUAGCAUCAUCGUUAUGGGUUGCAUGUUGUGUUACGCCGCUGUGAUUUUGAUUGGACUCGAUGUGAGGUUCCUGUACGUGGAGGAAUACACCUUCGUUUGUAAUGCCCGAAGUGCAGUGUUGUGCAUUGGAUACUCUCUCUCAUUUGGCGCAAUGUUCAGCAAAACCUGGAGAGUUCACAAAAUAUUCACGGCAGGGUUAAGUCGUGACAAAAUGGCAAUCAAGGAUAGCCAUCUGCUAGUUACUAUAGCUGCAUUGCUGAUGAUCGAUGUGGUGUUUUUGUCCUUCUGGAUUUUAACAGAUCCGCUCCAAGCUAAAAUACUAACGUUUGAAGAGAGGGCCAGCCUGGAAAACCACAUUGUUACUAUCCCAGCGUUGUAUCAAUGUACUUGCAGAUACAAGACGUAUUUCCUUGCGUUCGUGUUUACCUAUAAAGGCUUGUUAUUGUUAUUUGGUAUUUUUCUUGCCUGGGAGACACGCAAUGUUGCUAUUCCUGCUCUGAACGACUCCAAGUACAUCGGGAUGUCAGUUUAUAACGUGUUCGUUUUGUCCAUUAUUGGUGCGUCUGUGUCUCUGGCUUUUCAAGGAUCUGUGCACCACGAGGCUCCAUAUGCCAUUUUAUCAAUAUGCCUUAUCAUGAGUACAUCUGUCACUUUGCUUCUGGUGUUUGUGCCCAAGAUUUACCAGUUCCGCACUAAGGUAAAUGAAGCGACCCAAAGCAUCCGUGUCCGUGAAUUGAUGGAGGGGCAGAUUUUUAAUUCUAUUUGUAGAGCAACACAAACAGACCUCGGCGUAUCAGAACUUAAAGCUGAAGCAAAUGAAGCCUUUUCCUCGUCAGAGGAAAUACCUCAAGAAGCGUCGGACGAAAAAAAUGGCUGUGGCGUUCAACCUGUAAAGUUGAUAUCAGAAACGUCAACGGGCCAAAAGGAUAAGGCUGCAAAGACUCCUGGGCCAGUCACAAGUCAGCACUGAAUUUAAAAGGCAAAAGGUUUCAUUCCACGUGGAAGCCUUUCCUCUUUUUUCCCCAUUAUUUCGACUAUAAACUCUUUUUCAUUUAU